UUCGUUCUCAACAAUUGAACGGUUACUGAAUCUGAAGUUGAUCAUCAAAUUGCGUGGACCCCCAUAAUUCAUUGCCUGCAACCGUCACCCAGUGAAUCCAUCUCCCGCGUGCGGGUCGUCCCACCGAAGACCUUCUUUCAGACUAAGAGUGGACGGCGUCGACUUUCCCAGACCGACAGCUUCCCUGUUUCAUAGUUGUCGCCCUUCAAUUGCUCCUCUCCUCCCGUUCGGUUUUGCUUUUUUCCUUUGUCGUGAUCACGGUUUUUGUCGAGUCUCAAUCUGUGACAGCGUGAUGUCUGGUCGUUUCGUCCGUUCCUCUAAAUACCGACACGUCUUCGGGCGGAACACAAGAAAGGAGCAAUGUUAUGAUAACCUCCGCGUGUCCGCAAAUGCCUGGGACAGCAAUCUCGUCAAGGUCAACCCCAAAUACCUGUCUGUAAACUGGGCAGCCGGUGGAGGUGGUGCAUUUGCUGUUAUUCCUCUGGAAGAGCGGGGCAAACUGCCUGAGAGAAUCCCUCUGUUCCGUGGUCACACUGCAGCAGUCUUGGAUACCGACUGGAACCCUUUUAACGAUGACCUGAUUGCAUCUGGUUCCGAUGACGGCAAGGCCCUCCUGUGGCGCGUACCUGAAAACUUCACCCUCCGCCCCGAUGUCGACCUCGAUGAUGUUAAGGAUAUCGCGCCUGUCGGAAAGCUGAGCGGUCACCCCAAAAAAAUCGGACAUGUGCUCUUCAACCCUGCGGCAGAAAAUGUCUUGGCUACGUCUUCUGGCGACUUCACUGUCAAGAUUUGGGAUAUUGAGGCCGGUGCUGCCAAGCUCACGUUGAACGUGGGCGAUAUGGUUUAUUCGCAGUCCUGGAGCGCCAAUGGCUCCCUCCUGGUCACCACCUCUCGUGAUAAGAAGCUCCGGAUCUGGGAUGCACGUCAGGAACGUCCCGCGCAUGAGGUCCAGGGGCACUCGGGUGCGAAGAACAGCCGUGUCGUAUGGCUGGGAGAACGUGACCGGAUCGCGACCACCGGUUUCUCCAGGAUGAGCGACCGCCAACUCGCAUUGUGGGAUAUGCGCGCUCCUGCAGAGCCCAUCAACGGAUUCAAAGUUCUUGAUUCAAUCUCUGGUGUCUGCAUGCCCUUCUGGGACGAUGGUACCCAGUGCUUGUACUUGGCUGGCAGAGGUGACGGUAACAUUCGUUAUUUUGAAUUGGAGAAUGACAAGUUCGAAUAUCUCGCUGAAUACAAGUCAGCCGAUCCUCAGCGCGGUAUUGCUUUCAUGCCGAAGCGCGGUGUUAACAUGCACGAGAACGAGAUAACCCGUGCCUUCAAGACUGUCGGCGAUACCUACAUUGAGCCGAUCUCUUUCAUCGUUCCUCGCCGUGCCGAGUCCUUCCAGGAUGAUAUCUAUCCACCUACAAUCGGCCUGACACCCGCUAUGAGCCCAUCGGAAUGGUUCGCCGGCAAGGAAGCCAUCCCACCGAAGAUUUCCAUGGCUAGUCUGUAUGAAGGAGAGGGCCUCCAGGAGGUUACUGGUGUGCAAGACAAGCCUACGGAGACCUUGGGUGCUCCCGCAGCCCAAGCAGAACCUGCGCCGAAGCCCGCAGAGCCGACCCCGGUGAAGAAAGCACCGGAGCCCGAACCGACUCCUGUACAUAAGCCUGCCCCGUCCAUGAAAGAGCAGGGGGCUUCCAUGGCUGCCAUGGUGAACAAGUUUGCCGAUGAGGAAGAGGCGGAGCCCGCGGCUGAGGAGUCCAGCUUUGACGAGGCACCCAAGCCCGUCGAGCGGGAAGCUCGUCCCGUAGAGUCUGUUUCGCCAGUCAAGGCCAGCCCAUGGCACCAAAGGGAAGAGAGCAAGUCACAGACACCUUCCAAACCGUCAACCCCUGUUCCAGCCCAGAGUAAUGUCAGCACCCCGGUUGAUACAUCUUCCGGAUUCAAUAUUCCCGAGGUCACCAAUACGGCUGCUAGCGCCCUCCAUGGAGAAAUCCAAAAGCUCACACAUAUGGUCGGGCCUCUACUGAACGAAGUCCACGAACAAAAGCAGCAGAUCGAGAGUCUGACCAAGACGAUUGAGUCGCUCGAGACCAACCAAGAGAAGCAGAUACAAAGCCUGAACGAGAAGAUCGUGGCUCUUGAGGCCAGGCUGAGUUAA